AUGUCGAUGUCAACAUUUCAAAUGGUUACGCUCGUAUCUUGCAUGGUGCUCUGUGUUGCUCUUCUGAUUCCGAAAAUGCUUCUAGGCGGAGGGAAGAAGGGUGCACAGACCGAGAGUAAGUUGUACGCUCUAAAAAUAAUACAUAUCUUUAUUCUAGCAAACUAUUAUAGGUUCGUGCGUAGGCUUACCUUUUACUUGUAUAGAUUUUUUCUCAAUUGUGCAUCUGUAAAAGUUUGUGAGGGUUUUAGGUGAUAAGCCACAUUCCUUCAGCCUCCUGAGGUUGAAGAGGCUCUGUUGCGCCUUCUUCACCACACUGUCUGCGUGGGUGGACCAUUUCAGUUUGUCGGUGAUGUGUACGCCAAGGAACUUGAAGCUUUCCACCUUCUCCACUGCGGUCCCGUCGAUGUGGAAAGGGGGUGCACCCUCUGCUGUUUCCUGAAGUCCACGAUCAUCUCCUUUGUUUUGUUGAUGUUGAGUGAGAGGUUAUUUUCCUGGCCCACACUCCCAGAGACCUCACCUCCUCCCUGUAGGCGGUCUCGUCAUUGUUGGUAAUCAAGCCUACUACUGUUGUGUCAUCUGCAAACUUGGAGGCGUGCUUGGCCACGCAGUCAUGGGUGAACAGGGAGUACAGGAGGGGGCUGAGCACGCACCCUUGUGGGGCCCCAGUGUUGAGGAUCAGCACUGGGGCCCCACAGCAAAUGUGUGGUGAUGAUUGCAUUGUUUGCUGUUAUAGUUCAUAUGUCUUGCCACCCUGAUAUAUAGGCCUAUGGCCGAGACAAUAAGAAGAGACUGUGGCAGAAUACAUUCAACCACACCUUUUGUUUCAAUACAAAACUGGAGAGCAACAUCUGUCUGGUUGAGUCCACAAAGUAUAUUGCAUAUAACAAACAGUAACAUGACCUACAGCAUAGUCAAUCAAGUUAAUGUUUCGGACAUUUUCGGACUAAUAAACAACUAUUGAUUUAGAACACUGCAGAGUUAGUAGUCCAGUGUCUACUCCUACUACCAUUUAAUUCAACUUCACUCCUUUCUUCCACUCUUCUCACCACCUCCUGAUAGGAAACAUUCUGGACAGCCCUUAAUCUCACCACCUCCUGAUAGGAGACGUUCUGGACAGCCCUUAAUCUCACCACCUCCUGAUAGGAGACGUUCUGGACAACCCUUGAUCUCACCACCUCCUGAUAGGAGACAUUCUGGAUAGCCCUUAAUCUCGCCACCUCCGGAAAGGAGACAUGCUGGACAGCCCUUAUGCUUGCCACCUCUGUCUCCUUCACCCUAACAGGGUACUUCAGAAAUGUGGGGGCAUAAAGUUGUUGCUCCAGUGUAGCCAGCGUAUUAUAUCACAGUGUCGGGUUCAUCUACUUCCUUUGCGUUGCAGGUUCAGGACGCUUUCCUCCCAUGGUGCACCGGCAGAUGGCUCCGGACAGUCAGGGCCAGAGGGCUGCUGGUUCCACCAGGGCACACAACACCGAGGCCAUCGCCAGGGCUAAGGGUGGUGGGGGACCAGGGGUAGGGACCGGGGGUAGGGACCGGGGGUAGGGACCGGGGGCAGGGACCGGGGGCAGGGACCGGGGGGAAGUCCAACCUGGCAGGGCAGAUCAUCCCCAUCUACGGCUUUGGGAUCCUCCUUUACAUCCUCUACCUCCUGUUUAAGGUGCGAUGUUGUGGGGUUGGAAUAGUGUACACACACACAACAUGCAAUAGGGAUGGGCAUUUGAAAGAAAGUCUGUGUUUGAGUACUCUCAUGAAAAUUAUUUUGAGUACACUCGCAUGUUACUGUUUUUAAUGUGAAAUGGGGCUGAAGGCAAAAGUUUGCAUUUUAAAAUUAAUCGAAGACAAAUCUUGAAUCGAGUACUGGCGCCCAUCCAAACAUGCAUACACAUGCACAUACUAGGAGGAAGACACACAUGCACACAGUCCAUUGUGUCUUAUUCUCACAGAAACGGUCCAAAUCGUAUGCCCAUUUAUGAACUGUGUGUUGUAUGUUCAAAAGACACAUUAUAGCAAGGUUUAAAUCAUAUUCCUAUUGUGUUCACAAAAGAUAACAUCAAAGGUGAAGAGCGCUGUACCUGCCGAGCCCAGAUUACCCUCGGUGAGAGGAGAGAACCGGAAGAAAAAUAUCAGUGAGUAACAGUGUUUGUAUUCUGUAAUCUAAUCUCACGAUUCUUAAAUCAUUCCUCUUCAAGAAGAUUGAUAAUUAUAUACAAAGAAACAGCAACAGUUUAUAGUACUGCUUUAAAUAGUUUCUUUAGAAAACAAGACAUCUAAAUAGUUUCGCUUCACUUCAGACAAUGCCAGCCUGGAAAGGACAGUAUUUACCCACCCUUGCUCUCUCUCUCCUCAUUCUCUCUCAUCUUCUCUGUAGCUGAUUUUGAGCUGACUCAGCUGCAGGAUAAACUGAGGGAGACAGAGAUGGUGAUGGAGAGGAUUGUGUCUAAAGCCAGCUACAGCUCUAAAAGGUUUGUUGUUUACCUGGCCUGCUCCUCGAACCUCUCUCAUUUAUUCUCCCUUCGGUUUUUCUCUCAUUCAUACUCUUUGCAUAUGAAAGAACAUACAGUAUAUUCAAAGUUUAACUUGUUUAUUUAUUUUUUAUAACCGGGUCAUACCUUUCCUACCUUGCACGGUUUUUAAUGUCAAAAAUAUUGGAUUGAAAAACAAAAUCUGGAAUUUUAUUUUAGUGAAUACAAUCUGGAUUGAACAAUGUAUUUACGUUACUAUUACUGUAUUUGUACUUUCAACUGUAAGGCCCAUUGACUGAAUGGGGUACCUGUAGUGAAUUCUAACGGGUAGACCCUGACCUGUGGUGUGCUGCUCUCUCUGCAGGGUGACGGGGUGAGUGCCGACCAAGAGGAGAGACUGCUUCUCCGGCUGAGAGAGAUCACACGGGUGAUGCAGGAGGGCCGCCUGGUGGAGGGGGUCGCCCCACCAGAGAUGGGGGCCCAACACUGGGAAGGUAUAAUGGGAUUGAACCUCUUUCUGGCCCUUUUUCUGCACCACACAACACCUAUUAUUAUUUGGGGACACUUCAUUUGUGCUUAUUUAAUGGUAGUCACACCACGUGGCCCAUUUAUUGCUUAUAUGGCAUCAUUAAGGACUGAAUAUGUUAUCCACAUUCAACAAUAUGGAGGUAUACUGUACUGUAUGUGCUCUAAUUACAAAAUGGCUGACGAUGAAUGGAAAUGGAAACGUUAUUAGGUACUGUAUAUGUAUCCACGGUUGAAUUACGUUUCCCAGAAGAUCCCCAUCCAUGCUGGGAAGAGCCCUUCUGUGGAUAUGACCAUUCCCAGGCAACCAGCACAGACGACCGACGAGGGUGGGGCUGACCAGAAGGAGGGUGGGGCUGACCAGAAGGAAGGCGUGGUUGACCAUGAGGUGGGUGCUGCUGAGGAUGAUGAAGGUGGAGCUGAGGCAGGGGCUAAUUUGAAUACUGAUGAGGAGGGAGCUGCUGAUUUAGCCACUGGGAAUGAGGAAGGUGGGGCUAAGUGUGAUGUGGGUGGGACUGAGGUAGAGAAAGAAGGAAUGGACCGGGAGAAGGGUGGGGCCAAUGACAAGCUGGGUGUGGCUGAUGAGAUGGGCGGUGCAGAGGAGCAAGGGGAGGAGCUUGAGUUCACACUAAAGAUGUCCAUCGUGUUGGAGUGA